CUGUCACUGGAUUGUCAAUCAAAAUCAUUUUCGCGUUUACGAUUUUGCACUUUUGUAUAUCGAAAUUAAUAAAUGGUUUAAUAUUUAUAUUUUCUUAACAAAAAUUGCUACUAUCAUAAAAUAUUCAGUUUUACUUUUCUUGUUUUGCAUUAAUCCACAAUGGUUAGGGAAAUUACCAGUGAUGAAGUUAAAAGACAUCAUGACAGAAGAAGUGCUUGGAUCAUAAUACAUAAUGAUGUUUACGACGUAACAAGUUUCCUGGGUGAGCAUCCUGGCGGUGAAGAAUCUUUACUGGAAUUUGCAGGAAAAGAUGGCACAAAAGGCUUUGAGGAUGUUGGACAUAGCCAAGAUGCGAGAGAAAUGUUAGUAAAGUACAAGAUUGGUACUCUACCUGCUUGUGAAAUCACCAAAAAAGUCCAUUCAUGUUCCAAUUGCUGUUUAACACCAAAGAGAAGUGUGGAUAGUCAGAAAUCAUGGAGAUCAUUUGAUGGUCCACCUAGAAGUAGGUUACAGUCACCCAAGACAUCGGAACGUAGCAUUCCUUGUGGACCUAUACAGCCCGAUAGAAGGAUACAGAAGAUUGUUGUUCAACGGGAAAGGAUAAGAAUUCAUCCAUGCGAAAGACGUCGGCCUCCACCGCCGCCAUCGAGUUCUAAAUUGAAAUGGGCCGUCAUCGCCUUAGCUGGUGCUAUUGUCAUCGGUUUCGCGUUGAAGAAAUACUUGAGCUAAUGGAACUACGGAUAUAUUCAAGGGUCCAAACCGGAUAAAACCGGUUUCAACCGGUUCUAAUUAGUGUCACGUACAAACUUAGUGCGAUAUUAAGUUUAAAAUCGAAGCAUUUAAUUGGCAUGUGAUCAUUCUCGUCCGCUUUUUUUAUUCCAUUUAUGUACAGUUGGCAGCAAAAAUGUGUGUCUGUAACUGUGGCUUUCCUCUGCACUUUUAUAUUUAUAGAGGCGUUUAUGUGCUGGAAACUCAUAGUAAAGUAUUAAUUCCUUUUGUUGUUGACUGUACCGAUGUAGAUGAAUUUAUUUAAAUAUUUUAUAAUUGUUAUUCAAUUGUUUAUAAUUAUUUAUUAAAGUUUAUCAGUGUUGUGACAAUAAAAUCCUGAUCCCAUACUUGUAUA